ACAAUGAUUGACUGAUGAGUGACAGCCCUAUGAUGUUUGUUGUACUGACAUGCUUAAAAGAUUAAAAACCACUCAAAGUCCCUGCCUGUCAAUUCUCCGACAUGGAGGUUCACAAAGCAGUUCUUUUACUUUGUCUCUUUCUCUUUACAGGUUUCCUCAGGGGCCACGGCCAAAGCACAGAUGUUUUGGAAGCAUAUAUAAAAACGGAUGGGGCCUGGAUAGUGAAAUUACCUAAAAGUCAAUACACUGCAAAAACAGUGGAAGAUUGUGCUGUCAGGUGUAAUAAAGAGACUACGUUUACAUGCAGGUCCUUUUUAUACAUUGAAAAGGAUCAGGAUUGUGUAACAUUACCUGCCAACUCAAAAACUGAUCAAAUACUGAGGAGAAUGAGCGCUGCCCUCUAUGAGAAAAAGGAGUACUUGCUGGAAUGUGUGAAUGGUAUUGGCAUGGACUACAGAGGGACAAAAUCCAAGACAAAAUCAGGAAAAACAUGUCAGCGAUGGGAGGGAACUUUCCCCCAUGUGCCAAACAUAACACCGAAGACGCAUCCAAAGGCUGACUUGGAGUCAAACUUUUGCCGAAACCCAGAUGGAGAUCAAGGAGGUCCCUGGUGCUAUACCACAGAUCCAUUGAAACGCUGGGAGAACUGCGAUGUCCCAGACUGCACAGAGGAAUGUAUGCAGUGCAGCGGAGAAAACUACAGAGGCAAGAUCUCCACCACUGCUAGUGGAUUUACCUGCCAGCGCUGGGACUCUCAAAAACCCCAAAACCAUGGUUACAACCCUUCAGCCCUUCCUGAUAAGUACUUGGAAGAGAACUAUUGCAGGAACCCUGAUGGAGAGCCCAAGCCCUGGUGCUUUACCACUAAUCCGUCUAAACGCUGGGAGACUUGCGACAUUCCUCGAUGCACAACUGAACCACCCACAAUUUUACCGGAGAUUACCUGUGCAAGUGGAGAAGGUAGCUCCUACAGAGGCACUAUUGCGGUGACAGUCUCAGGAAAGGUUUGCCAGGAAUGGUCAUCCCAAACUCCCCACAAGCAUUCUAGAACUUCAGAGAACUACCCAUGCAAAGGCCUUGAUAAGAACUACUGCAGGAACCCUGAUAGUGAAAGAAGUCCAUGGUGUUACACCACCGAUCCUGACACCCGCUGGGAGUACUGCAGGGUACCUAGCUGUGGAGAUCAACCUAGACCUGAAGAGCCGGUCAUCCCUGUGGGAGAGGAAUGUUAUGAAGGAGAUGGAAGCUCCUACCGCGGGGCCAUGUCAGAGACUGUCAGUGGAAAGAAAUGCCAGUUUUGGACAUCAUUGGAACCUCAUCGGCAUUCUAAGACACCUGUGAAUUUCCCAAAAGCAGAUCUGAGGAGGAACCUGUGCAGAAACCCAGAUGGUGACAGAGCCCCUUGGUGUUACACCACAGAUCCCUCUGUUCGGUGGGAGUACUGCAACAUUGAGCGGUGUGUCUCCAAAAUCACAGCCACUGAACCCCCUACAGGAACAGUCCUACCAUCCACUGCUCUGGAAACAGAUUGUAAGGUUGGAAAUGGAGUAAGUUACCGGGCCACAUCCACUACUCUAACAGGAGUGACCUGCCAAGCAUGGAGCUCUAUGACUCCCCAUCAGCAUGCCAGUUUUACCCCUGAAAGCCAUCCAGACAAGGGUCUAGAGUCGAAUCAAUGCAGAAACCCAGACAACGAUGUGAAUGGACCUUGGUGUUACACAACAGAUAAAUUUAAGAAGUGGGAUUACUGUCAGAUCCCAGACUGCGACGGCCUCAAAUGCGGACAACCAGCAGUAAAACCCAAGCGCUGCUUUGGGAGGAUCGUUGGGGGAUGUAUUUCCAAACCAUAUUCAUGGCCUUGGCAGAUCAGUCUCAGGACAAGAAGCAAAAUUCAUUUCUGUGGUGGAACACUUAUUGAUGCCCAGUGGGUUCUAACUGCAGCUCACUGCCUAGAGAGGUCUGAGAGCCCAUCUGCCUACAAGAUCUUGAUGGGAGUCCACACAGAGCGUGCAAAUGAAGCAUCAAAACAGGAGCGAGACGUUACUAAGAUUAUUAAGGGGCCCGCUGGAACUGACAUCGCUCUUCUCAAAUUGGACAGGCCUGCUUUAUUGAAUGAUAAGGUAUUGCCUGCUUGCCUACCAGAAAAGGAGUACAUUGUACCAAGCGGUACUGAAUGUUAUGUAACAGGUUGGGGCGAUACAGGGGGAACCGGUGGAGAUGGUUACCUGAAAGAAACCGGCUUCCCUGUAAUUGAGAACAAAAUCUGCAACCGACCAGCGUAUUUGAACGGCCGUGUGAAGGAGCAUGAGAUGUGUGCUGGAAAUAUAGAAGGUGGAACGGACAGUUGUCAGGGUGACAGCGGCGGGCCCCUCGUCUGCUACUCUCAGAACACCUUCGUCCUUCAGGGAGUAACGUCAUGGGGUCUUGGCUGCGCUAAUGCCAUGAAACCUGGAGUGUACACCCGCGUCUCCAAAUUUGUCGACUGGAUUGAUCGCAGCAUAAAAGAAAACUGAGAACGCAUUGGUCAAAACAUAAGCAAAUGACGUGUGGAAUUUAUGUGUGUAACUAAGAAUAUGUUAUCGAUUCAUAAGCUGGUGAAGUAACACACCAAGUUCAGUUCACCGUUAGUCUGUACAUUGAUAUGCACGAUCCAGAUGUGUUUCAAUUCCGAGUGAUCAUGUUCAACUCUUUAAAGACCUCUCUAUAAGAUAUGUAAUAUAAAAAUCUUUUCCUACAUUAAAGGGGCAGUACACAUCUUUA